AUGGUGGUGGUGGGGAUGAACCGUCGUUUCUUAGCAACCAGCGCGUGGCUGGGGUUUUCUAACGGAAUGACGCGAAAUCUACACACCGCUGGCACCGUUGGAAGGGGAAACUUCUUUGCGUACUUGUCACUGCCGAAAUCCCCCGAUUUGGAUGCUGCAGAUGUUCAGCGAAGCUACCACAAACUGCAGCGUCGUGUUCAUCCCGAUUUGGCUAACGUGCAAGAUGCCAACAACUCAACGGAACCGCCUGGCGGCGUGGUGGGAUCGGUAACGACAUCGACAACAACUGAUGUGGCGAAUGUUGAUGAUUCGAUGUAUGCCAAUUUGUCAUAUGAAACAUUGCGUGAUCCAUUCCGCCGUUGCAAAUACCUUUCUCGCUUGAGUCGUGCUGAAGCUGUAAAGGGACGUCCUCUGGAUCCGUUGGAGGAGGAAAUGCUCAUGAGUGACGAUGAUGGCCGUAAUGUGGAGGAUAACAAACGACUUCAGGAUGCCGGUGAGAACAUGAGCCUGCCAGAGGAGUUUCUUGCUGAAAUGAUGGCAGCCAAUGAGUACGUGUUUUCUCCUGAGGAAACAAAUGAGUACCGAGACAGGCUCGUCAUUCUCAUUGCUCAUCUGGAGGAACGCCACAUGGAGUGCUACGAAGCAACCAAGGCGCAAUGGGAUGCGGAGGACUUUCAGGGGUUUCGCCGCAGUGUUUUGGAGUGGACUUACGUGCGGAAUAUCCUUGAGAAGGCGAAAGACUGUCUUGGGAACAUUAACGAAGCGGUCCCAAAGGGUGUUUAA